CAUGUGGUGACCGUUUUUUGUCGGUGUAGAUACCGAACAGGGUGACGACGAUCAAAUUGUUAUGGAGGUCGACUCCCGAAGGGGGGUCGCCAAAGAGGAAGUCAAACAUGAAAGCAACCAGGAAGACUUCAUCGAUUUGAUUUCACAAUUGGAUAAAUAUGCUGAAGUGAAAGACAGAAAGCAGACAAAGCAACAAGAUACGGAUGAUAGGCAAUCUAUCCAGGAGGAUGAGCUCACACAAAAUCGUCACGAUCGUGAUGUCGCUGCCUACGAAUUAUUUUCUAAACUGGAGGAAGUUGGUCAGCAAAGUGCUCCACAGCAAAUGGCUACACAAAGCCAAGACACCGAGGACCAGGAGGGAACAAGGACUCCACCCCCGAGUCCCGUGGAGAAAAGUUUCCUCUCAGGCGAGAGUUCUGUGCUUACUAAUCUCGCGGAAACUGCAGAUGAGUACGAGGAAAUAUACACGGAGGAGAUUGAGGAAAUUUUCCAAGAGUCUGAUGACAAUGGUAAAACGUGGAAAACUGUCAAAAAAAUAACCACCAUUACGCCGUCUGGUACGACGGAGCGAACCGUGGUUAUGGAAGGUACUAAAAAUAGCACAGCUUUGUGUAACGGGGACCGAUCUCCACGCCGUGUUGUACAGCACUUGUGACAUUGUCAAUGGCAC